UGAUCCAAUUUAGCACUCAACAUUUAUUUCCCGUAGUUGUUGAAUACUUAUGAUUUUCAAGGAAAUUAACAAACUGUAGGCUGAACAUACAGACCGUUAGGGAAAAUAAGCAACAAUAAAUCACUAACCCUCUAGUAAAAAGAAUUAAAAAAAAAAAAUAUUCACUCACUCGGUUGACUGUUGGAGUUGACAAACUAUGAAGCAAAAUAAACAUCACGUCGCCGUAUCAUGACCAUCAUUACGACGAUUCAGCUGUUUGAAACGAUGGAGUAAACAGCUGUGUUCUUUCAUGUGGAUUGCAGAUUUGUUUUAACCGGCUGUCAAAAUGAGCGUAAUAAUAAGGCUGCAGAAUCUGGCUUGGUCCGCAAAUGCACUCGACAUCCGUCAGUUCUUCCGCGGCCUUAGCAUACCCGAAGGUGGCGUUCACAUCGUUGGUGGAGAACUGGGAGAUGCUUUCAUAGCUUUUAGCACGGACGAAGAUGCUCGCCAGGCAAUGAUGCAGGACGGCGGCAAGAUCAAGGAGAUGAAGAUCAAGCUUUUGCUGAGUUCGCGCACGGAGAUGCAAAAAGUCAUUGAAACCGCUCGCCAGCAGACCCUGAACCUUCAGAACGCGUUCAUGCAAUCGGCCGCCCCUGUCACGGUCACCCCCGCUGCUCCAUCCACCCUCAACAAAUCGAGCGGCAGCGACGCCGGUGGCCGCCGAGACCGCGAUCACGACAGCGAUGGCGGCGGUGGUGGUGGUGGUGGCAGCAACGCCGGCGGUAACGGCGCCGGUAAUGCUAAGGAUCGCAAGGAUCGGCGUGACCGGUCGAGAUCGCGCGAAAGAUCGAAGUCGCGGGACCGCGACCGCGACCGUCGAGAUCGGGACCGUGGCAGGGAUCGCAGAGGCGGGCGCCGCGAACGGAGUCGAUCCCGCGAUCGAGAGCGCGACCGCAGAGAUCGAAACAGGCGCAGGCGGGACAGGUCUCGAUCGCGCGACCGAACGCGCUCGCGCGAUCGCGACGCCAAACGCGCUGGAGUUGGCGUCGGUGGCGUCAGUGGUGGGCCUGAUCGGCGCAAAGACAACCAAAUCGACGACGACAACAACGACGUCGUCUGCGUCGGUCAAUUCACCAAAGAUAAUAAAUCUGGACUUAACAAAAAGCCCAGUCUACCCGAAAACGGUGUUUGGGACGUUCCACCUCAGAAUCAGCUGCAGUCGAUGCUUAUGCCGAGCUUGUUGAACGCGGCGGUGGCUGCCUCGGUCAUACCUCAGCAGGACACCGAGCAGAGGCCCAGUCCGUUCGGUCUGAGCCAGAACUCGCUUCUGUCUGCAAACCAGUACGCCUUGAAUGGUCUUGGCGGAGUGAGCGGCCUCGGUGGGGUGUCCAGCCUCAUGAACUCUCAAAUUCCUCCGCUCAGCUCGUUGUCGAGUACCCUGCCCUCUCUAACCGGUAGCGGUAACAUGAACAAUCGCAACAAUCGAGAGCCCUGGGGUGACCGGCAUGACCGCAAUGACCGCCAUGAUCGCAUGGACAACAGGUUCCCGCCUCGGUCCGGUCCCUUUUCGCAGGACUCGGGCUUCAAUUCCAAUGGCGCUGCAAGUAACAUGAGCUUUAGACUGGGCAUGAAGUCGCAGAACAACUCGUUUCACAAGCAGGACGUCGAAGGCCGCAGGAACCCUCAUGCCUUCCAACCUUCUUCUCACAGACCUUUCGAGAAUGGCCCAGACAGAGGUUCAAUGAGGAUGGACGUCAGAGGCGAUCGCGACAUCAGGGACAGAGACAAUCGGGACCGCGAUAGCAGAGACAGCCGUGACGGUCGGGUCGCCAACUCGCGAUUUGCCAAGGAAAAAUCCUUGAACGGUUACUGCGUGGAGGUGAGAAACAUGCCAAUGAGCGCCAGCUACGGUGACGUACGUCACGCUUUCCAGGGCAUUUACAUCCGCCACGACGGCAUCAAACUCAUCACGGACACCCAUGGAAACCGCGUUGGCAUCGCUUACGUCAAGUUCAACAAUUUCGAAGCCAAAGAACAAGCGCUCCAGGGCGUUAGGUUUGUGCGUGGCUCGGAAGUCGAGGUGCUGCACCUGGAUGAGUCGAUAUUCGAAAAAACUAGCGACUCGUUUGACAAGACGAGGAAAGACAAAACACACGACAACGACAUAACCAUAACGUCCACUUGCGUACUGGUCUCUGAUCUACCGUCCUUCGUCAAAGAAAUGGACAUUGCUAAGCUGUUUCAAGAUUGGAAGAUCAACGAUCUGUUCAUCACGUGCAAAAAGGACAUAACCGGCGCACAAUAUUACGCUUACGUGCAAUUCGCCAGAUUGGAUGACGCCAAGCUCGCCGUUUCAAAGCCGCACAAAAUGGGCAGCAAACUUGUGGUAGUAAUGUCCAUUAGCGAGGAGAAGUUUGAAAAAGCCAAGAGCGAACACGAACAGCAGCUAAACAUGAGCGGUAGCGGUGGCAGUCACGUCGUCGUCAACAACUUGGAUAGCGCGGCAUCCUUUGACUGUGUGAUAAUGCGAAACCUACCCUUCCAGACGAUAGACCGGGACAUCCUCGACUUCUUCUCGGACGUGGGACUCGUUCCUCAUCGCAUACACAUGCUCCUAAACCAAUCAGGUAAACCGGCUGGCGAGUGUUUCUGUGAAUUUGAUACGUGCGAGGAAGCCGUACGCGCCACCGCGAAAAACGGUCUACCCCUCGGUAAGAACAUUCCGACGAUCGAACUAGUCAACAGAGGCAAAAUGCUCGAAACUCUGGGCAUCAACGAUAGCAAGAUGCUGGACCACCAGCAGCAGACGCAGCAGCAGCACUAUCCGCAACACAUGCAAGAUUCACGGACUCGCUUCUCCCCGAUGCACCAUAAUCCUCGAUUUGGCGGUGGUGGUGGUGGUGGUGGUGGAAACGGUGGAGGUAGUGGUGGUGGUGGCGGUGGUGGUAGUGGCAUGGGUAGUUUCGGUAUGCGUGGCCCUCCGAUGAUGAGCAUGCCUCCGAGGAUGAUGAUGGGCCGACAUGGGCCGCCAUCUAUAGCGCCUCCACCUCCCAUCGAGGGUUUCGGCAAGCCAGGGUGCGUACUAGCUCUCGAAAACGUUCCUUUCAAAGCCGAUAUCGACGAAAUCAUCGAGUUCUUUGGCGACUUCAACAUCCACCGUGACCAAAUAAUCAGGAGGUACAACGACAAUGGCAUGCCUACGGGAGAUGCUAGAGUCGCGUUCUCGAGCCCGGCCGAGGCUUCCAAGGCGCUGCGCGAACUUAGAAAUCGCAAGAUAAGGGAGAGGAUAAUAUAUAUGAGGAUUGCCUGAGAUUGGGCUACCACAGGCGUCAAGGAUGACGACGUCGAAGAAAUCACCGAGUGAGCCACAGCGCUCUCCAAAGCUUGAGGCUUUCGACUAGCUUUGGUUCGUCAUGUUUGUGGCAAGAUUGCUUCGGAUUGCAGGAGAUGGCGUAUUUUUUUCCCCAACUGAUAUUGUGAUACUUAAAUGUUGCACUGGUGUGAAGAUUUUCUUCAAAAGGUUUUCAAAAACCUUUCGGAUCUAUGCUUCAUGGAAAUGGAUGUCUAUGCAUUCAUAUAGUUGUUACAAAAGGUUUCAGGUAUACGUCAGUUGAGAUGUUGACAACGACAUAAAGAAAAAGGAAUGUGAACUGGUUCUUAUAGUAUUAUUGUUUUAUCGACAAGUGUACAUACAUAUACGUUACUUAAGGUCACAUUUGCGUGAUUCUUUUUCUACAUGUGUUAAUUCAAAGUUUAAGAAUUAGUAUUUUUUUUAAGUACGAGUCUAUGUGCUUCGACGUUUAGUUGUUUACUUAUUGUUACUAGGCACAGGUACAGAAUUGCAAAAUGUUGUACUGUGUGAAUAAACUUUAGCUUACAACCGAUAGUUUCAUAAGGCAAGGAGGAAAGUGUCAAGUUAGUUUGUAUAGUACUUUAAUUAGAUUUGACAAUUAUUGUAAACAUUUAGUAAAACAAA